AAAUUGAAUGAAGCAAUAGAAAGUGGUGCAGUGUUGAGUAGGGUUUUCGGUCGGGUUUUGGGAAUGGGUCGAAGCUUGUCACGUUCACCUUCAUACAGAAGAAGACACUCUCGUUCCCGAUCUCCCUCACAUCGCCGAUCCCGUCGCCACCGUAGACAUAGAAGCCGAAGCUCUUCUUCACUCUCUCCUCCACACAGACCACGCUCUCCCACUCCCAAACACAAAAAAGACCAUCCACCAACUCUAAACAACAAAAGUACCAAGAGUCAACGCGAGGAGGAAUUGAGAUUGUUGGAAGAAGAGACUGCGAGAAGAAUAGAAGAAGCGAUUCGAAAAAAUGUGGACGAGAAGCUUAAUUCAGAGGAAGUUAAGUUAGAAAUUGAAAGACGUGUUGCAGAGGGUGUCACAAAAUUGUUUGACGAUGUUGAAAUUCAACUUGAAAAAGAAAAGCAAGACGCUCUUACUGAAGCUAGAAGGAAAGAAGAACAAGCUCGGAAAGAGAGAGAAGAGCUGGAUAAGAUGCUUGAAGAGAAUAGGAGGAGAGUGGAAGAGUCUCAGAGAAGAGAAGCUUUAGAGCUGCAGCGAAAGGAGGAGGAACGGCAAAGGGAAUUAGAGAUGAUUCGGAGACAGAAAGAAGAGACUGCUCGGAGAAAGAAAUUGGAGGAUGAAGAACAUGCUAAUCGGAUCAAUUCUAUGGGUAAGAACAAAUCUAGGGCUAACUCAUACGGUUUGUAAUUACUGUUAUGUGAUGUCAUUUUAUACCCCCAAACUUAUCUGUACAACUGUACCAUUGUUAGAAACCAUGAUCUUGAAUGAAAAUUUGAUACUCCUACAGUUGAGCUUGCAA